UUGACAUCAGAAAUUUUAGUAGAUAAUAGUUGUUAAACAUGAAAAAGAAAUUUUAUUUUUUGUGUAGAAAUGACUGAUUCAGAUCAUCCCUUAAAAUGUCUUUCUUCAAGAUUUUGGAGAACUACCAUAUAACACUUCCCUAUCGAUGUAUUUUUACAUCCCACAGCUUCGACAGAUCGCUUGGCCCCAGCCUAAGAGCAGAACUUUCUAUCAGUGAACUAUUACGCACUCUUUCAUUAUAGUUUAGCCACUGUGGAUAUGGACAUGUCUGGCAGUAUAGAUUCUGAUAUCAUACUGGUUAAUGGAGAAAGGGACAGAGUUAGCAUACUUGCUGAAUCCUUGUUGGCAAAUAUUUCAGAGUUCACAAAAUCAGUAGUUUCAAUAGAUGUUGAAAAAGAGAAUUUCAUUGAGAUUGGAAGCUACUUAUACCGCGUUUCUGCAGUAAUAAUGGAGUUGCAAAUAGGAAAAAAUGCAACAUCAAAUGUCAUAGAGAAAUUACAAUCUAUGUUUGAAAAUGUACAUCUAGCUAAUGAGAUGAUCAAGAAAUGCCAAAAGUAUAGGCAAAAAAAUCAGUUGAUUGAACCAAGUAUUGUCAUAGAACAACUUCAAGUUGUGAACAGACAUAUCGCGGAAGGAUUGAGUCUCAUACCAUCUUGUUUUUAUGGGGAACAAGAAUGUGCAGAAACCGCGGUUAAGUCUCUCUUGAAAGAUAUGAAAGGUGCAGCUGCAUUUGUAGCAAGAAAGAAUCUGAUUUCGGAGCAGACAGAGUUAGAAGUUAACAUGUUGCAUUCAAGGGAAUUAAUGACUAAUGAAACAGCAGAAACAGAAACAGAAACAGAUCUUUACUCCAUUGAUAUUGAAGUUUCCAUGGAGAAUCUUCGAUUAGCUGAUUCAACAAAUCUAUAUAUAAGUGAUAAUUUGAGAAGCAGUAUCAGCGGAGGCUUUCAUUUACAGAAUCAUGGGAACCGGAGUCCUGGUUCUUUAACAAAUUUGCCACGGAUGUCUGAGUCUGAAUACAUGGAACCUCUAUACGAAACAUUCUUCUGUCCUUUAACAAAGAAGAUUAUGGAGGAUCCUGUCACAAUAGAAAGUGGAGUAACAUAUGAGAGGGACGCGAUAUCAGAAUGGAUUAACAAGUCUGAUAAUAACCGCGAAGAAAUAUUUUGUCCAAAGUCAGGCCAGAAGCUAAAGGGUAGAAGUCUGAGCACUAAUGUGGCAUUGAAAGCAACGAUAGACGAAUGGAAAGAAAGAAAUGAAACAGCAAGGAUCAAGGCUGCAAGGGCAGCAUUGUCUUCAGCUACUACACAGGAUAUAAUACUCAAAGCAAUCGAAGAUUUGCACAGCGUUUGCCUCAGAAAACCGUACAAUAAGGUACAAGUUCGUAGCAUUGGUGUAAUACCGCUGCUUGGAAAUUUACUGGAUAACAGAAACAGAACUAUAAGAUGUGCAACGUUGGAAUUGUUGCGGUAUUUAGCUGAAGAUGAUGAUGAGGAAGUAAUUGUUCAAACUAUCGAUGUUGCUACAGUCACAAGGAUGCUGUCAAGUAAUCACGAACCUAUUAGGCAUGCAUCACUACGUCUUCUGCUUGAGCUAUCGAAAUCCCAGUUUCUGUGUUAUAAUAUUGGGGCAGUUCCUGGAGCCAUCCUCAUGCUGAUUACAGCCAAAUACAGACAUACCGAUGAUGCAUUCAUUGCAGAUAAAGCUGAUGAAGUCUUGAAAAGUUUGGAGAAAUAUCCUAGCAACAUCAAACACAUGGCUGAAAAUGGAUAUCUGGAGCCACUUUUAAAUAAUCUUCUCGAAGGCAGUGAAGAGAUGAAAAUGGAGAUGGCACGAUACCUCGGGGAAAUUGUUCUUGGACCUGACAACAUAAUCUAUGUUGCUGAACGAGUUUCUCCGACUUUGAUCAAAAUGAUAGAGAGUGGAGAUACUUUGAGCAGGAAUGCAGCCUUUGUAGCUCUACAACAAAUUUCUUCUCACCAUCCAAAUGCUAACACACUAGUGCAAGCUGGCCUUGUCCAAAUCAUGAUUGAUGAGAUUAUCUCUCGAACGAUGAUUCACGAUGAGCCAAUGAACUCGAAGAAAGAAGCAGCUGGUAUACUUGCAAAUGUGCUCGAGUCUGGAUUAGAUCUAGAGAAUCUUCAAGUUAACGAGCGUGGCCACACAUUGGCUUCUGAUUACAUGGUAUUCAACUUCAUCCAGAGGAUCAAGAACUCAACCCCUGAAGAAAUGAAUUUUCACCUUGUUAGAAUCUUGAUAUGCCUGAUGAAGUAUCCCAAAGCAUCGUCUACCGUUACCUCUGUGAUCAAAGAAACAGAUGCUAGCUACAAUCUGAUCGAGCUCAUCAAUAACCCUGACGAAGAACUCAGCAUUGCAGCACUUAAGCUUCUUAUCACUCUCUCUCCUUUCAUGGGACACACAAUUUCAGACAGAUUAUGCAAAACCAAAGGACAACCCGAGAGCCUAAUUCACAAUCCAUCUGAAAGUCCUCGAAUCACAGAAAAGCAAGCAGUCUCCGCGACUCUUCUUGCAAAGCUUCCCCACCAAAACAUGACACUCAACCUAGCAUUGGUCAAUAAGAACACAAUCCCUACAAUCAUAGAACAAAUCAACAAAAUCCAUGUCAGUGGGACAAGAACAAGCAGGUACACAAGUGCAUAUUUUGAUGGUCUAGUAGGAGCUCUUGUCAGAUUGACAACAACACUCUACGAUCAUCAAAUCCUGCACGUAGUAAGAACGUUCAACUUCACGUACAUAUUCACAGAGUUACUCGUGAAAACAUCAAGCGAUGAAGUCCAAAAGUUAUCCGCGAUUGGUCUAGGGAACUUAUCAAAUCAAUCAAUCAACUUAUCAAAACCACCACCAAUCAAGAGCAACAAGUACAUAAAAUCUCUUCUACUAAGAAGAUGUAUGUCUCUCCGUUCAAAGUCCGAAAAAGUACCAUUAUGCUCAGUCCACCGAGGCGUUUGUUCUGCUGAAGAUAGCUUCUGCUUAAUUGACGCUAAGGCAGUUGAAAGGCUACUGUCCUGUUUGCACCAUGACAAUGUGGAGGUAGUUGAAGCAGCAUUAUCAGCUAUAUCGACUUUACUAGACGAUAAAGUCGAUAUAGACAAGAGUGUUAAGUUACUGAUUGAGAUGCAAACCAUUCAACAUGUACUGAAUGUGGUGAAGGAACACAGAGGAAAUGUCUUGUGGCACAAAUCAUUUUGGCUUAUUGAGAAGUUUCUAUCAAAAGGUGGGGACAAAUCUGUUUCUGAUAUAUCACAAGACAGGUUGUUUCCUGCUACUGUAGUCAGUGCAUUUCAACAUGGUGAUGUUUGCACAAGGGAAAUGGCUGAAAAAAUCUUGAUGCAUUUGAACAAAAUGCCACAUUUUGCAAACACAGCUAGUUUUACCUUGUAAUAAUGUACAGAGGUCUUGAAUUAAACAGACACAACGAACAUUGCUCGUGAAGGAACAUGACUAUUCUGAAUAGCCAUGAUCUCUUAAGUUUCUAUAAAUAUAAGGACGAUCUCCUGAAGUAACGUAAGAAAAAUCUGUAGGUAUAAACACGUGCUUUGUUGUA